AUGGCAGCCACUCGAGUUCCUCUUGAUGGCUCCCGAUCAGCAGGCCAAGCAGGAGUUUCGGGAGCUCUUGCUUGCGAAGAUGGGAAAGUAUCUGAAAGCCUGGAAGCGCAUCCUGGACAAGGAUGCCACCAACCGCUGCAACUGGUACGAGUUCCAGGCAGGGGAACACGGCCCGGACC